AUGGGUGCCGCGGGGUCUGUCGGUGUCGUCGACCCCACAGCCCUGCGAAAAGAGUAUGAGGCUAUGGCGGCUCAGGACGUCGGGGACGAGGAACUCCUUAACCACAUGAAGAAGCUCAUUAUCUCUCCGAAAACAGAAGCGGCAGACAAGCCGAAGACAAAGGAAACAGCGCCCAAUGUCGAAGGCACCCGACGAUCAUCAGUGAGGCGCAACUCCGGACCGGCACCCGGGGUCGACAGCGCAGCAGUGGCGGGACCGAAAGCUAGGCGCGGCUCUGGAGGAAUCGCUGCGUCCGGUGUCGAAGGGGGGGCGGCGGGGAGCACUGCGAGGCGUGGUUCGGCAUCCAGACCUCUCUCGCACAACAGUCGGCUCUCUCAAAGUAGUAGCAGCACGCAGGCUUCGCAGCAAAGCAGGCGUGCUUCAAACGCUCGUCGCUCGAGCGUAGACGGCGAUCGACCCCUGUCGGCGCCCCAGACAAAGCCGCCGGUCCCUAAGCAGCGGCCUCGUAGCUCGCUCGGGGAGAAGAACGACGGAAGCGGCAAGCCGACCAAGUCUAGGAGAAGAUCAUACCUCGGGCAGCCGACUGCUGGACAGGGUGGGGUUGCCGUGGGCGCCGCUGCGGCGGUUGCAGUCGAUGCGGCGGCUGCUGUUGACGGUGCUGCGCCAGCUCAGGACGAGCCAGCAAAGGACGAGCCACCUCAAGACGUCGAGGAUAUGAAGAUAGACAGCUGGGAAUCGGUCUCGCAACAGCCUUCGUGCCCACUCUGCCACAUGGUUUUCUCGACGGAAGGAAAGAGGGACCAGCAUAUUAAGUACUCCCCGGUGCACGCUCCCCCCGCAGAGGGUUCAAAUCCCCCGCCCGAGCCCACCAUGGACAGCAUAACAAUUUAUUCCGGCUCGAAGCUAUUCUGGCGCACUAGGCUGAACGUGGAGAUGUUCAUGCAGCAGCACAAAACGGCCAACAACGUUGUUCAAAUGGACGCGGCGGAGAGGGCGUUCCACAACCUUGGAAUGAAACCGACGCCUGAGAACGUGCAGGCGGAGGCCACGCGGAAGGCCGCUGUGUCCUUCAUCAUCAAGAGAAUACAGGUGGAUCGGGAUGAGAGUCCCGAGGAGGCCGGGGGACCCGCGGUGUCUCACAAGGUGUCCAUGCUGCAGAUGGCCGCGGACGAGGACGGGAUGCAGCUACUCGUGGAAAAGCCGGAGGGGGUCAACGACACCUUCAGCCGAGCGAUGACGAAGCGGGCUUCAAUCCAAGAGGUCGCCGAGGUGAUGACGAGCUUGAGGAAGAGCCUGGGAGAUGUUAACACGGCCGCCCAGGCGGCUGCAGCCAGUCUCGUCGGGGCAACGGGUACUGUGGAGCAGGGCCGGCGUGGGUCGGUGGAGGUCGCGCGACGAGCGUCGAUUCAAGGGUCCUGA